AUGAAACAAAAAAAUACAUUUGUAUAAGGAUUUGAGGCAAAAUUGUUGUCUGAAUAAAAUGAAUCAAAUUUGUUAAGUGCUAAUAUUAACAGUAGUAAAUCAAUAUUUCAAAAAUCAUCUCCAUUUUAUGCAGAUUUGUAUUUCUUUUAAACAAAUGGAAAAAAGCCUUUCAAUUAUGAAAAAAAGAAUGAUUUUGUGAAGAAGUUUAUUGAAAAUAUGUUGGAUUUAGUACGAAAAACAAAAAAAAUAAAAAACUUUCAUUUGUCUUUAAUUGGAGAUUAAGGGUCAUCAGAUGAGAUUUUUUUUUAAAGAAAAUCAUCAACAUUUUCUUAACUUAAUGAGAAACAAUUAAAGUUUUUUUAGAAUCUAUAAGAAGUAUUAAUGAAUAAACUUGAAAAAUUACCAUUAAUACAUCCUGGUUAAUAUAUUAAAGUGAUUUGGGAUAUAGUAGCUGUUACUGCAAGAUUGUAUUUUUUAUAUAUAAUCCCUAUUGAUUUAGCUUGGGUUAAUUAGUAAUUUAUAUUCCAUGAUUUUAAAUACAUUUCAAUACUGUUUCUGCUUAUUUUAAUUUUUGAUUUGCUAAUAAGUUUAAAUACAGUAUAUUUUUCAAAUGGAGAGGCAGUAACAUCAAGAGUUUAGAUUGUUAAAAACAGUUUAUAUAAUACAUAUGGUUUAUAGUGGUUAUCAGUGCUAUAGUUGCUAAUUUAUUUCAUAACUGAUAGAUUUGUUCAUAUUUCACUUGAUAUUGAAAAUAAUAUAAUAAAUGUGGGAUUGUUGAUAUUUCUAGUUCAUCACAAAACUAUAAUAAAUUAUGCAACAAAUUAUGAAGAAGGAUUGAAUAUCUCAAAGAAAACAUCCUCUGUAUUUGCUUUAUUCAAAUUGAUAGCCUUUUUAUUUUAUGUGAUUCAUUUAUUUUCGUGCUUUUGGUUUUGGGUAAUUUUUAAUAAAAUAACUUAGAUUGGAAGAUAUAGCAUGGAAAAUUAUGAAGGAAAGAGUUGGAUUAUGGCAACUAACAUGUAUGAAUAGUAAUGGAACACCUAAUACUUAUAGGCUUUCUAUUAUACAGCUGUAACAAUAUUCACUGUUGGUUAUGGAGAUGUGACACCAUAAUCUAGUAUUGAGAAGAUUGUUACUAUUGUCUUAAUUAUGAUAUCAAGUAUUCAACUUCCUUAUAGUGUUAAUACUGUUGGAAAUAUUAUUAAAGAAAUUUCUACAUUUUCAGAAGAAAGAAAAAGGAAGUUAAGGAUUAUCAAUUCUUAUAUGAAUAAGAGUUCUAUGUCUUCUGGUUUGUAAAUGAAAAUCAGAUAAUACUUAACUUAUUAUUGGGAAAACAAAGUUAUAUCUUAAUCUGAAGAAGAAAAGGAAAUAAUUGAUUCCUUAUCUGAAUUUCUGAGAUAAUAAUUAAUAACUGAAGCCCAUUAGAAAAUAUUUGAUCAGUGCACAUUAUUUAAAAUACCUUUUAGUGAAUAAUUUAAAAGGUAAUUAAUUAAGGAAGUAGAGGAAGUACUUCUAACUCCAGAAUAGGAUUUAAAAUCAGCUAAUGAUAUUUUACUCUAUUAUAUAGAGGAUGGUUCAAUCUAAAUUUGUUUACAAUAAGGUAGAAAGAUUAAUUUAGGGAUUGUUAAUAAGGGAGCUUCAAUUGGUAUUAAGAACUUUAUAAUGGGUACUGAGUCUUUAGAGACAUAUAAAAGUGUUGGAUUUACAAAGGCUAUGAUUUUAAAGCGAAGAAACUUUCUUAAAAUAUUAUAGGAGCAUCCAGAAGAUUAAGAAUUAUUUUUUGCUGUGAGAGAUAAAAUGAUAUUUUAUUAAGAUGAUCAGUAUUUCACUGUUACUUGUUUUUCAUGUGGGAAGUAAUCUCAUAAAUUAAUCGAAUGUCCUUUAAUUAAGUUUGUUCCGAAUAAGGAAUUCAUCAUUAAGAAACAUUUAUAUCCUUAAUAAUAAUCAAGGAAACCAUUUGAUAGAGCGAAAAAGAAAGUUAAUGCUUUAAUUUUAAAUAAAAAAAGGCUUGAGUAAUGUGCUUUAUUAAUUUAAAAAGAUGAACCAAUAUUAUUUUAAUUAUAUAGAUUUGAUCAUAUGUAUAAUAUUGAUGAAGAUUAGCAAUAAAAGCGUAAUAUUAAAUAAACAACUUCAUUUUAGCAUAUAAAUCAUCAAACUCCAUAAAAUAAGAGAGAAAGAUAUUUUUCAAUUUAAGAUCAAAAUUAAAAAUUAAUUAAAAAGAAGUUUUAACGUCUUGUUAAUAAAUUGAUAUCAAUAAAUAAAAUCUAUCCUUAUUUUUUAAUAUAAACAUAUGUUUAAUAUGAAAAAUAGAUUGAAUAAAGGUAGGUUAGUUUGACUUUAUAAAUUUUAGAAUAAAGAUGUAAAAAUAUAAGUUAAUUUGAUAACAAAUAAUUUGACAAAUAUCAUGUUGAUAUGUCAUUGAUAAUUUAAAAGUUAUCAAAUAAAUAGUAUAUAGACGAUUUAGAUUUUGAAAGUCCUAAAGCAUAUAAAUUUUAUUUUAGGAAAGAUAAUUUUUCAGUUGUAAAAUAAAAAAAUUUUCUUGAAAAUUUAAAUAUAUUAAAAAAGUUUAUCUAGUAUUUUUAAUAUCCUGGCGAUAUAAUUAAACAAUUUAAUCUAUCUUAAGUUGGAAUUUUUUUAUUAAUGAAUAAAAGAAAACCAGUUGUUUGUUUUUCGGCAGAUAAUAUUGUGAGAUGA